GGUGGCUUUCCUCUGUUUGUUGCGACUUCCUUCAGCAACAAUGCGUCACUAGUCAUUAAGAAGGUUCCACAUUAAUAACUUUACUCCGACCUCUGUCCAACUCGCCCUUAAGAGACUUUACAGCCGAUACGACAUGCUUCCCCGGGUGGGGAAGGAGUUUGUAGUCCGCAUUCGGUUCUCGUGGCGGCAGCUCUUCCAAGGUCGGUAUCUGCUCCUCACCAACACUGUGAGCGGCGGAGGCAUGCUGGCGCUGGGGGACUUCCUGCAACAGAGCCGGGAGAGGUAUAAAAACCCGGCCAAAGUCCGAGACUGGAAUAGGACAGGUCGUAUGUUUGCGGUGGGCUGCUCCAUGGGUCCAGUGCUGCACUUUUGGUACCAAUGGCUCGACAGAAGGUUUGUGGGAUACGCUCUGAACACAGUGGUCAAGAAGGUUCUAGUGGACCAGAUGAUUGCAUCGCCAACACUCGGCUUGUGGUACUUUUUAGGUAUGGGUGUCAUGGAGGGACGCUCUUUAUCUCAAGGAUGGGAGGAGUUUAGAGACAAAUUCUGGGAAUUUUAUAAGGCUGACUGGUGCGUUUGGCCCGCGGCUCAGAUGAUCAACUUUUAUUAUCUUUCACCCAAAUACCGUGUGGUGUACGUCAACACCAUUACCUUGGGGUGGGACACCUACCUCUCCUAUCUCAAACACAGAGAUGACAGUAAGCCCUCUGAGCUGCUAUCAGACAACAGUGUGUCCGAUGUGCAGCAGGAAGCUCUGCCACCAUCCGAACCUCUGGAGGAGAAAAGUGGAUGGUGAUUUUGUGAAAGACAAACUCUUUGUUCCAGAUGACGGUACCUGCUGCAAAAAGCUUAAAGGUGGCACCUGUGGCUUUUUAUUGGUAUGGCGGUCGUUUUGUCUGUUUAUUCAGGCAGUGUGAUGCGUUUGUGAAACUGUUCAGGGAUUCAAAACAAACAGAAGAGCUGUUUCACUGCCUGCAGAAAAACAGCAGGACUGCUUAACGUGUUAGGAAGGAAGAAUUCCUAAACUUGAUGCUGGUUACUGUGAGUAAUAUUUAAACAUUGUAAAACUAAACUGGCUUCUUAUUUAAGUACAUAUUGUUUUUUUACAUUGAUGAUGAUUGUAAUGUGAAAAUAGUAUUUAACAUUAUUUUGAAAGUACAGACAUUUCACGCCAAAAUCUAGGACCCUGUUUUCAAGAGAUUCAAUCCGAUAACCAUUACUAGAGUGAUGAUUCGAUUGACGAUUCAACACCGUUCUCGAUUCAAACCAAUUCAUCCAUCCAUUGUCUGCCGCUUAUCCAAGGUCGGGUCGCGGGGGCAGCAGCCUAAGCAGUGAAUUUCAGACUUCCCUCCCCCCUGCCAUUUUGUCAAGCUCCUCCCGGGAGAUCCCGAGGCGUUUCCAGGCCAGCCGGAAGACCUACCGUAUUUUUCGGAAUAUAAGUCGCUCCGGAGUAUAAGUCGCACCCGCCGAAAAUGAAUAAUAAAGAAGGAAAAAGACUUAUAUAAGUCGCACUGGAGUAUAAGUCGCAUUUUUGGGGGAAAUUUAUUUGAUAAAACCCAACACCAAGAAUGGACAUUUGAAAGGUAAUUUAAAAUAAAUAAAGAAUAGUGAACCACAGGCUGAAUAAGUGUACGUAAUGUGACGCAUAAAUAACCAACUGAGAACAUGCCUGGUAUGUUAAGGUAACAUAUUAUGGUAAGAGUCAUUCAAAUAAAUAUAACAUAUAGAAAAUGCUAUACGUUUACCAAACAAUCUGUCACUCCUACGGUAAUGUGUUUAUAAUUUCACACAUACUGUAUUUCCUCGAAUUGCCGCCGGGGCGCUAAGUAUUUUAAAACUUCUUCUCACUCCAGCACUUACCAAAGGCAUGCAGUAAAAAUUUGAGUGGACCUUAAAUCCUACUGAAUAGCUUUUAAUCUUCUUCUUGCGAUUUCAAACUACCGGUAUUGAAAGCAGCCUCCUCCAUUUUGAAAAUGAUGACAGGAGAAGUGUCACUCAUGACAUCACAAGUUUGACCAACCAAGCAUGCGCUAAUUAUUUUGGGAAGCGAGUUUGACCCGGCAGUAGUUAUAGGCAGGCGCAUACUAUAUGCCCUGCGGCAAUUCAAGGAAAUGCGGUAAGUCGUUUAUGAGUACAAGUAGCACCCCCAAACUAUGAAAAAAACUGCGACUUGUAGUCCGAAAAAUACGGUAAUUAUUGCAAGUUAAUGAAAAAUUACAAAUAAUUGAUUCUUAUAUUUACCAAACACUUUUUUUAUUAUUUUUUUUUAAUCAAUUUUGUGAAAUCAUGAAUUGAUCCGGAAUCGGAAUGAAUAAGAAUUACGAUUCGGAUGCGAAUCAAUGUUGGUGCACCCAUAAUAAUCAGUAUAAACAGGUUUUUAUGUUCAAAUGUUCACUUUUAAUGAAAUAAUAGAGUACAACCUAUCAAUUCCAUCUUGUUCCUAAUUAUAUUUUAAGUUAUAUUACGUUUUUUUCAAGUCCUCUGCAUUUUUGAGUGAUUUUGUGUUCGACUAUAUCUCACCGUGCCUUCCUUGUGUGACGUACUGAACUGGUUUUUUUUCUGUGAUGAUGGACCAUGGCGCUACAUGCCGUACCUGUAUCACCUCACAUGUUGUGGAGAACUCUCACUCUCAACAAAUUAAAAAUGCCACAUCAACAA